AUGGGAGUUGAACUUUCGAUUCUCAACUUGCAUCUCCUCGUACCCCCAUCCCCGCUGACGGACAGUAUGUUUAUUCUAUGGGAUGAAACCGGUAACAAAAUCCAGGACGAAUAUCCUCCAGAAGAACGCAAAAACCUUCUCGAGGUUGAGGAAGUCUCCCUUGACUUCGACCGCGGCCGCGUUGUCGCAAGCGUCGAGGCGUUGGGGUCCGGAAAAGUACUCGAUAUACAAGAGCUCGGUGACAACCAUUAUAAGGUUUUGGACAUCCGGACUUCUGGCGGCCAUUCAUAUAUUGUCAGGAUAGCGUCUGUUCGGGGAGUGAUCGAUGUCGCCCAGCUACCCGAGAAACUCAGACGGGAAUGCGAGAUGAUGAACUGGGUUGCAUCAGCGUCCACCAUCACUAUACCGAAGCUCUACUGUUCCGUACUUGAAGCCACCCGACCUUACAUGGUGUCGUCGAAAUGCGAAGGUACUAACCUGGCAGAUUCAUUCGGCGCUCUCAGUUCAGAAGCCAAGUCGAGAAACAUUUCCAUGUAUGCUGAGUGGGCCAUCCAGAUGUUCCGUACGGCGUCCCCGCAGAAGAUCGGCAGCGUCGACACAUUUACAGGAAGUGGGGCGCGCAAUAUGCGCAGUAAACUCCCCUCCAUAGGCCCUAUGCUUGUCGGCGACGGUACACAGCGCCCAAAUGGACCUUUCGGAUCGAUAGCGGAAUACUUCAGUUGGCUCGUUCUUCGAAAGCUGAAUAUUGCGAGAACGAAUCAAACCUCUUACAUUAAAGAAUGCGAGCAGGUUCUUUCUCAGCUUGAGACAUUCUUGCUCCAGGCCUGCAAGAGAUUUGGUCCCUCAUUCCUUCGCACCGUCCCUUGUCACGAGGACUUAGUAGCCCAUAAUGUCUUUUGCGACCAGACUGGCAGCAUCACGGGCAUUAUCGACUGGGAAUUCCAUUCAGUCAAGCCUGCUCUGCUUGCUGUGAGCUAUCCAUCAUGGAUUACCUACAGCGGCUUCGAUUCCCCUCAGUUCUGCAUCAAGAAUCCAACUUUCGAUAGAUUUUGGUUUGCUAGUCCUGCAGAGGCUGCCGAUCUUCGCAAGCACUACGAUUCUAUCGUACGCAAGAAGGAUCUGGACUAUUAUAGAAUGUUGAAGGACGACGAUGCGGAGGUCUGCCGCCAAAUCGAGAAGUGGCUUCGAGACGAUUCCCUCGACCCCGGCUUUGGAUACUUCCAGGAGUGGUUUAAGACAGUGAAAGACUCAUAG